AUGUUUAAUAAAUCAGAUCAGUAUUAUAAUAAUAGUUCAACUACUACAGCUACAGCUACUCCAUCUCAUCAUCAUUCACCAUAUCAUUCGAAUCAAUUACAAUCUCAUUCAAAUAAUUUACAAUCUCAACCCCCUCCACAAUAUUUGCAACAUCUUCAUAAUCCCCAACAGCCAAAAAUUAACCUAGAUUCUUAUCAUUCUAUGAGGCCCCCUCCAUCUCAUCAACAAAUUUACCCUCAUCAUCUCCAAUAUACGUCUCAACCUCAACCGUCAAUGAAUAUGACAAUGACAAAUAUUCAACCACCAAAUACUAACGACAAUAACAAUAAUAAUAUACGACUGAAUGAUUUAAAUGAAUCUAAUAACAACAGUAAUAGUACAAGUAAUAUUAAACAUAAUUCGAAUAGAAGAGGACCUUGGUCACCUUUAGAGGAUAAAAAGUUGCUUGAUUUAAUACUGAUUUAUGGUCCUACUAACUGGGUUAGGAUUUCAAAUUCUUUAGAAACAAGAACUCCAAAACAAUGUCGAGAAAGAUAUCAUCAAAAUUUAAAACCAAGUUUGAAUAGGUCUCCAAUAACUCCUGAAGAAGGUGAAUUAAUUGAAAAAUUAGUUUUGAAAUAUGGUAAAAAAUGGGCAGAAAUUUCACGUCAUUUGAACGGAAGAAGUGAUAAUGCUAUAAAGAAUUGGUGGAAUGGUGGCGCAAAUAGAAGAAGAAGAGCAAGCUUAGCUACUAGUAAUUCAAGUGUAAAAAGAAAAUCAAUUGACUAUGAUGAUAUAAAUCAUGAACCAACUACAAUGUCUACAUCAAAUUCUAUUACAUCAAUACCUUCAAAAGAACAUGCUCAAGUACCACAACCUCAAGUCUCUCAAAUUCCGUCACAGUUCCCGCAUAAUAAUUUACCACAAAUAUCAUUUAACACUUCAAUGUUUGGUCAACAAAAUGAAAAAUCAUCGAAUGCAAAUCUCCCUAACAUUUCAAACUUGACUUCAGGUCAACAAUCUACUGGAUCUCCAUCAGUGUCAAAUCACCUUCAUCCCCAACAACAAAAUAUUAUAAAAAAUUUUUCACUUCAACAACAAAGAUCAGCUAGUUUUGAUUAUAACUCUAAUUCUAAUACAAAUUCUACCAAUCCAGCAACAACUACAUUACCACCAAUUUCACAAAGUAAUAAAAGAAGACUAAUAGGUGAUGAUCCAUUCAGUAGAAGACAUUCAAGUGCUACUUAUUCCAUGUUGAUGCAUGCUCAUUCAAAUAAUAAUUCACAUUCAAACUUGCUCAAUACAUAUUCUAAUUCAACUACAAAUCAUUCUGGUGGUACUUCAGGCAAUGUAUCACCACAUUUUGGUUCACCAUUAUUAAUGAGUUCAUUAGCAACUAGACAUAAUUCAAUUACAGUAUUUGAAUUGGGAUUAGCUAACAGUCAAAAAGAUACUUAUCAUAAUCAUCAUGUUAGCUUUACUGAUAGUAGAAGACUGAGUUCGAUAGCUCCAGAUUUAAAUUUCUUUCCAAAUCCAUUAAAAGAAAAUAGUUCAAUUUCGACUAAGAAUAGUAGAAAUUUAUCACAAAAUUCAUCAUUCAAUUCUCCUUUAUUAACUCCAAGUACCAGAUUUUCAAUAAGUUCAAUUAAUUCAACAGUGCCAAAUGGAAAUAAUAAUUCAAGUUCGGUAGUUACUUCACCUUCUCAUUCACAAUCCUCAAAUUAUUAUAAACAAGAAUAUGCAAAUAAUAGUAGUACAUCAAUUAAUGAAAUAAAGAAGAGUAAUGAUAAUAAUAAUGAAAGGAAGAAUUCAACUGAUUCAAAAUCAAAAAUGUCUGUAUCAUCGUUAGUAGAUUAA